CUCAACCAGGGUGGAGACAAUGUAGACCUGGAUUCCCUGAUGGCAGACCUGUGUUCCAUAGAGCAGGAGCUAACCACCAUCGGCAAGCCAAACGCCAAGCUCCGCCAAAAACCCACCGCCGGGCGCAGCAGCAGUGCCAAGGGGCACGGUGGAGCUGGAGGUAGUGGAGGAGGCACCUCCAGCAGCGGUGACAGUACCUCCUCCAGUACCCGGGCCUCACCGGCCUCUACGGUGGCAGCUCGCCACGGGCGCCCCAUGGCUUCCAACCUGUCCCUGGAUGAUAUCACGGCCCAGCUGGAGCAGGCGUCUCUCAGUAUGGACGAGGCUGCUAGACAGAGCUCCCACUCCCUGGCCAGCGCCUCUUCCAGCUCCACCAUGAGGAGGCCCGCCUCCCACCACCACACACACCGCCGGACAGGCUCGGUGGGGACGGUCAGCGAACACGAGGCCCUGUCUUUCUCCCUCUCGUCUCGGUCGUCGGUGAACUCUGCGUCGGCCAGCAGCAUGGAUUCUCUGGAUAGGCCCUCGGAACAGGACGGGGUCACGCCUACACAACAGGGACCCAAUCAGGGCCCUCCGGGCAACACCGAGCACUCCUAUCUGGACAGGGAAACCUCCCUGAUUCUGAAAAAUAUAGCCGGAAAACCCUCUCACUUGCUGACCAAGGUGACUCUCUUUCUCCUUCGCUUGUCUCUUCGUCCUGCAUCAUUGGUGAACAUCCCGCCUGACCCCUGA